UGACUAAGCUCGACUCCGCUCAGCUCUGUCUCUCUCUCUCUCUCUCUGUCGCUGCGAAAGGAGUCGCCUUUCUCUUCCGUUUCUGCUCUGUUUUCUCGCCGUGCAGGGGUCUCGCCAUAAGUGGCAAAAAUCGAGCUUCCCUGCGAUCGAGAGGCGUGGUGGGUCUCGGUCAGUCCUCUGCCAUUUCCCUUUUUCCUGAUUUAUUUUCCGUCCUCGCCCAUAUCUUUCCCGGAAAAUCUUCCCACCCGCUGCCUCUUUUUCCUCCCCCCCUAAUCUUUUCGAGAGCACGCACCGAUUUUUUUUUUUUUUUCCUCCUCCGAUUCACACACCGUCCGCCACCGCUUUCUCGCCUUUCCUUGCUCCCGUCUCGGUCUUCGUCUCCCUGCCUCAUCUACCGCACGCACUUCUCUCCCUCCUAUCUUUCGCCUUUCUUUUUUGUUCUUUUCUGGGAGCUCUCUCCCCACUGCCUUAGCUUGCUUUUCGUGGGUCUACUUUCCUUGAAAUUGCCCUCUCUUUAUUUUUAUUUUUUUGUGCUUUAUUCUUGGAAGGCUCGCCUCGCUUCCCUCUUUUUUAAGCCCAUUUCCUCUUUGCGUUUCGACCUUCCACUUGAACUCCUCGUCCUCUUCCUCCUCUCUGUCUCGCCCUCUUUUCUGCUAUCUUUAUAUCUCCGAAGAAUAUCUCCCCAAUCUUCCCCCCUCUCUCUCUCUUCGCUUUUGGAUGUCAUCAGUGGCGAAAGCCAAAAUCUGAUGCACCCCUUCUGCGAAAUGAUGCCUCCGGUCAAGUUCACUGAACACUGCACUCACACCACGCUCGUGAGACCGGACCACCAUCUCAACAGCCCGAAGACCCGACCCGAGAUGAACCCGAAAGUCCUCAGAAUAUCCUACACGGACGGCGACGCCACGGACUCCUCCAGCGACGACGAAGAGGCCGAGCUGCUGCCUCGCCGGCGAGUCAAGAAGUUCGUUCACGAGAUUGCUCUGCAGUCCGACGGCGGAGACAGGGACGCUGGCUCCGGGAGGGCUAAGGCGAAGCGCCGGAAGCCCUCCGGGAAUCCCGGGACUCCGGUCAGCGGCGGGGACUUGAAGGCGUCCACCGGCGGUGGGAAGAAGUUCCGGGGCGUGAGGCAGAGGCCAUGGGGAAAGUGGGCGGCGGAGAUUCGAGACCCGAAAAAAGGGACGCGGGUGUGGCUGGGAACAUUCGGGACCGCCGAAGAGGCCGCCUUGGUUUACGACAACGCGGCGAUACAGCUGCGCGGACCCGACGCGCUCACCAACUUCUCGACGCCGCCUGCAGAAUCUAUGCCGCCGCCGCCGCCGAAGAACGGUGUCGUCCCUCCUCUGCCGCCGACCGCAGCCGCCGCGACGGCGAGCAGCUCGAGCUCGGUGUCCGGCGAGGGCUCGUCCCGCCGCGCCUCUUCUCCGACCUCGGUUCUCCGGGGCGUCUCCGGCGAGGAAGCCGACUCGCCGAUGGGCGAAGCGGCGAAGGAGUCGUGCGUGUCGGAGAACUUCCCGCAGCCCUCCGCCCGGUCGGCGUUGGACUUGUACUUGCCGGCCGAAACCUUCGGUUUCCAGAGCUCCAGGUCGGACUUGUCCGGCUCCUUCUCCGGCCUCUACACCGGCGACGACUUGCUCGCUAAUCUCGGCGACGAUCUGGGGGCCGGGUUCGGGUCCCCUGACUGGACCUUCUACGAUCACGUUCGCGACGUCGGGGACAUACUCAGGUUGGACCCCCAUGUAAAGUGAGGAGAGCUUUUUUUUUUUAAUUAAAAAAAAAAGCAUUGAAAAACAGAAGGAAAAAAAAAAGGGGGAAUCGCAAAAAUAGGAAUACAUGAGUUUUGGAGGUUUCUCUUAUGUGAAUACUUGUUUUGUGGCAAGGUUUUGUAUCUCGGGAAAAGAAAUAUAUAUAUAUUGUCGACUGUGUUUGGUCGGCCUGUUCUUUUAUUCAA